ACUCUGUCCGCGAACCAAUGGCAGUUGGCCGAGGCCACGCCCCCGGCCUCAAUUACGCGCCAGUGCUGCCCAUAAACGGGCAGAGCGAAACCUGUUUCCACGAGCGAGAGGCAACGAGGCGCAUGUGCGAUCAGAGCGGGACAGAGCACUCGAGGGUGGACCAACCAGAAGAGGCAGGUUGCUGGUAUUAUGGAAGUCGGCAGAGCCGUCGACGCCGCUGCCGGACAACUGGUUUGACUUGUUUCCGGCUCACUCCAACCGCCCAGAGCCACCAACAAACCGACUGUCGGCAGAGGACGGAGCAGAGCAGCGGCCGUCGGCACAAUUUGAUUGCAUUUAUGAAAAGCGUUUUCGCCCGCCAGCACGCGUCCGCUCCCAGCUCGCAAUUUGCACUCCACUCCACGCCAUCCGUAAUCCGUGAACCCGUGAAUCCAUAA